AUUUCAUAUGUAGUACAAAUUUUGCGGGCAUUCAAGCUCGAGUUUCUUUCACUAAUAAUAACGAGGUCGUGUUUUCACCAAUACGGAGGAAUAGCACGUGUUACGUGAUGAGGGCGGUUGCGGUAUUUCUUCUGUCCGUGUUUCUGAACAAUGCUGUCCUAGCUUAUCCAUCCGGUUAUAUGGGUUGUUGGACUGACAGAUCUACAAGAAUUAUGUCCGGUCGUGUUAGUGAUUCCAACUCAAACUCAGGUGACGAAUGUAAGCGGAGAUGUAAGGCUAAAGGUUACAGAUACGCCGGUACUGAAUGGUCAAAAGAAUGCUUUUGUGGUAAUUCUAUGAGGAAUUACCCAAAAGGCAAUGGAUGUAACAUGAGAUGCACAGGAAAUAGAAAUGAAUACUGUGGCGGUGACUGGCAUAUAUCAAUGUAUGAUACCUGGUGGUGUAUAACUAGACCGUGCAAGAACGGAGCUUCGUGUAGAGAUAUCAAUGCAAAUAGCUAUGUUUGCUCGUGUCCGGCUGGGUGGACGGGAACAAAUUGUGAUCAAGAUGUAAAUGAGUGUGCAUCAAACCCGUGCAAAAACGGAGCAAGAUGCCACAAUGGAAGAAACAGUUACUCGUGCACUUGUGCCGCUGGUUGGACUGGAUCCACCUGCACAACUGAUGUCAAUGAGUGUGCCAGUAACCCAUGUAAAAAUGGAGGCACUUGUUCUAACAGACAGAAUGCAUUUGCUUGCACGUGCGCUGCUGGAUGGACUGGGACAACGUGCACAACGGACGUUAACGAAUGUGCGAGCAACCCAUGCAAGAAUGGAGCCACUUGUAAUAAUGGACGGAACAGCUACAGUUGCACGUGCGCUGGGGGCUGGACUGGGACCAAUUGUGAUCAGGAUAUCAAUGAAUGUGCUAGCAACCCCUGUCAAAAUGGCGGACGGUGUACCAACGGUCAGAACAGAUUCACGUGCUCAUGCACCGGUGGUUGGACAGGCGCCACAUGUUCAGCGGAUCUUAACGAAUGCGCAAGUAACCCGUGCAAGAAUGGCGGUGUAUGCACGAAUGGACGAAACCAAUAUUCAUGUACAUGUGCCGGUGGCUGGACGGGACUUACGUGCUCACAAGACAUCAAUGAAUGCGCGAGUAACCCUUGCAAAAAUGGUGCCACAUGUAAUAACCUAGUAAACAGGUACACAUGUACAUGUACAGGAGGGUGGCAAGGCACAAACUGUGACCAAGAUGUGAAUGAAUGUGCCAGUAACCCGUGCAAGAAUUCAGCCACGUGUACAAAUGGACGGAAUCAAUACACGUGCACAUGUGCAGCAGGCUGGAUGUCAACAAACUGUGACGUAGAUAUCGACGAAUGUGCUAGCAACCCGUGUCAGAAUGGAGCCACGUGUCAUAACGGACAGAACGGCUACACGUGCGAGUGUGCAGGUGGUUGGACUGGUACCCAUUGCAGCCAGGAUAUCGAUGAAUGUGCUAGCAAUCCGUGCAAAAAUGGCGCCGCAUGUGCAAACGAACAGAACCGUUUUGUGUGCACGUGCACUGGUGGAUGGACUGGUGCUGAUUGUAAUACUGAUGUUAAUGAAUGUGCUAGCAACCCGUGUCAGAAUGGAGCCACGUGUAACAACUUGCAGAAUCAUUAUACAUGUACGUGCGCUGCUGGUUGGCAAGGAACUAACUGUGAUCAGGACAUUGACGAAUGCGCGAGCAAUCCGUGCAAGAAUGGUGCCACUUGCAACAACUUGUUAGAUCGGUACACAUGUGACUGUGCUGGUGGUUGGCAGGGUUAUGAUUGUGACGUUGAUAUUGAUGAAUGUGCUAGCAACCCGUGUCAGAAUGGCGCCACGUGCACUAAUCUUCUGAACCACUACACAUGCACGUGUGCCGGGGGUUGGCAAGGCUAUGAUUGUGAUACUGAUAUCGAUGAAUGCGCGAGUAACCCGUGCUUUAACGGUGCAGCGUGUAAUAAUUUAUUAGACAGAUACACGUGUGAUUGUACGGGUGGUUGGCAAGGAUAUGACUGUGAUGUUGAUAUCGAUGAAUGUGCUAGUAAUCCGUGCAAAAAUGGCGCCGCAUGUGCGAACGAACAGAACCGUUUUGUGUGCACGUGCACUGGUGGCUGGACUGGUACUGACUGUAAUACUGAUGUCAAUGAAUGUGCUAGCAACCCGUGUCAGAAUGGAGCCACGUGUAACAACUUGCAGAAUCAUUACACAUGUACGUGCGCUGCUGGUUGGCAAGGAACUAACUGUGAUCAGGACAUUGACGAAUGCGCGAGCAAUCCGUGCAAGAAUGGAGCCACUUGUAAUAACUUGUUAGAUCUGUACACAUGUGACUGUGCUGGUGGUUGGCAGGGUUAUGAUUGUGACGUUGAUAUUGAUGAAUGUGCUAGCAACCCUUGUCAGAAUGGAGCCACGUGCAACAAUCUUCUGAACCACUACACAUGCACUUGUGCCGGGGGUUGGCAAGGCUAUGAUUGUGAUACUGAUAUCGAUGAAUGCGCAAGUAACCCGUGCUUUAACGGUGCAACAUGUAAUAAUUUAUUAGACAGAUACACGUGUGAUUGUACUGGUGGUUGGCAAGGAUAUGACUGUGAUGUUGAUAUUGAUGAAUGUCUUAGUAGCCCGUGUAUUAAUGGUACCUGCUCGAAUCUUCAGAAUGCGUACUCGUGUACAUGUUUCCCAAAAUACACAGCCAGAAAUUGUGAUUACUUGAUCGGAAGUCCAAUGGAUGGUCAGUGGGGUCAAUGGGCGUCAUGGCAGGGGUGCUCAGCUACCUGUGGAACCGGAAGGAAACGCCGAUACCGAGCAUGUGACGACCCUCCACCCGAUUACGGUGGACAACCAUGUGUGGGUGACGGGUUCGACGAAACAUCGUGCUCCGGUGGAAGUGCAUGCCCUGUUGUUAUUGACGGAAACUGGGGAGCCUGGACUACUGUUUCUUCGUGCAGCGCCACCUGUGGUGCAGGAAAAUCACUGAAGACUCGACAGUGCGAUAAUCCAGCACCUAGCAAUGGCGGUAAUGUGUGCAGCGGUGAUGCUGCUGUUCUGUCAACUUGUGUUCUAGCAAACUGCACCGCGGCAAGUGGCUCGAACUCAAACGGAGGUGCUUAUGUCAAUAAAUGUCCAAAUGGCUAUUUCUCGUGCUUCUCCGGGAGGAUCACGUGCAUUCAAGACGUUUUCAAAUGUGACUGUUUUAAUGACUGUGAUGACGGAAGUGAUGAGAACAUGCAGUGGGCCGGAUGUGCUCAAUUAUGUCCAGAUAGCGGCUCAGGUAUACAAAGUUCAAACCUGAUGAUGAUGAUGAUGUUGAUGAGCCUGGUAUUAGCUGUUGUCAGGAAUAUAUUUUAGAACAAAGAAAUCGUAAAAUAAUCAACGAUUUAUGUGGGAAAAAAUUUUCUAAUCAUUUUGGAACCAGCCUCUUGCCAAUUAAAUUUGAAAGUUUAUUGAACAAUCAUGUAUACAAUUUAAGUAUAUGUAUAACCUUAAAUAUUUUGAUUUCUAAUUCAAAAAUAUACAAAGAUUAUAGUGGUUUUGUUUGCUUGCGUCAGUCUCUGUGUUUUGUUUUUCUUAUUUCGUUAGAACUAACAGUGCUUUCAUGUAUACACGUUGUGUCAAAUAAUGUUGCCACUUUAUACUCUCUUUGUAUGUGCUAUCCUUUAAGUCUUCAGAAUAAAU